AUACAAUCCUUACGUAAUUCCUUUCUUAAACAAUUCACCAUACUAUAAAUAAACCAAAGAAACAAAAGCCAUACAAAAGAAAGACACCACCAUUGUAGUUACUGAGCUUACCGCAACCUCCGUUUCCCAUGUAAAUUCCAACUCUCUUCUCUCUUUCAUUUUCUUCUCCUCCUCCUUUUUCUUUCUUCCUUAUUUCACGUUAACAUGAUUUAAACUUUCCGACAAACCCUUAAUUUAUUGAACAUAGUUUCGUCAAAUGAAGCUUUCAUCCUCUGAACUUCCCUUAGGGAAACCACAAAUUACCAGAAGAAAAACACCCAAAAUCGCACCCCUCCUCAUACUCUUCACCGUUCUUUUCACCAUCAUCCCUUUGUAUUAUCCUUCUUUCCGAUACAAUUUCCAUAUUCCCAAGAAUCUCUCCGAAACCGAAACGACGUCAAUCUCCUCUUCUUCUUCUUCAUUUGAUGAUAAUCAUUCUCUUGAUCAAAAAUCAACAACAGCCAACACCGACGCCGUUUCUUCUAUCUCCGAUCACCGGAAAGACGAAGAAGAGUAUGCAAAUGGGGUGGAGGAGAAAGUCGCCGAAAGUAAUGAUCAUAAGGAAGAAGAAGAAGAAACGGUUAUACAGCCGGAGAUGGACCCCGCAAGGCGUUCCAGCUCCGCGAAAAGUGGGCUCGCCAUCGCGGAAGCAUUAGAUAAAAAUUCCGGCCAACAACAAACGUCGGCGGCGGCGAACCCGGUGGAGACGGUGGAUGAUAGUAUUAAGAGCCAGGAACAACAACAACAUGAACAAAAGAAACGGGUGGGUUCCAGGAAAAGAUCACCGGGAAGGCGGGAAAGGAGACGGGCGACCCGCCGGAGAGAAAAGUCUUCCCAGAAAGAUGAUCUUAGUACUAGUAGUAAAAAGGAUAUUGUUGAUAAUUCGAGAUUGAUUGAUAAAGAAGAAGGAGAAUGUGAUUUGUUUUCGGGUCAAUGGGUUCCGAACCCGGACGGCCCAUAUUACACGAACACGACGUGUUGGGCAAUUCAGGAGCAUCAGAAUUGCAUGAAAUUCGGGCGGCCCGAGACCGGUUUCUUGAAGUGGAGGUGGAAGCCCGACGGCUGCGAGCUUCCCAUUUUCGACCCGAACCAGUUUCUGGAGAUGGUUAGAGGGAAGUCUAUUGCUUUUGUUGGUGAUUCCGUGGCCCGGAAUCAUAUGCAGUCUUUGAUUUGCCUCUUGUCUAAGGUGGUGUAUCCAAUAGACACUUCAAACGCACUAGACCAAAACAAACGAUGGGUGUACAAGGAUUACAACUUCAACAUUUCUAUGUUUUGGGCUCCUUAUUUAGUAAGAACCCAAAAAACCGAUCCCAAUGAUGUAACCAAGCCAUUCAAUCUAUACCUAGAUGAAUUUGACGAAGACUGGUCAAACAAUGUCGGAACCUACGAUUACAUCAUCAUCUCGGCCGGUCAUUGGUUCUUCCGGCCAACGAUGUUCUACGUGAACGGCCGGCUAGUCGGCUGCCAAUAUUGCCCGCAGGAAAAUGUCACGCACCUAAAUUCCUAUUUCAGUUAUCGAAGAGCAUUCAGGACAGCAUUGAGGGCCAUUAACAAUAUAGAUGAUUUUAAAGGCGUGACUUUUCUUAGGACAUUUGCGCCAUCUCAUUUUGAAGGCGGGCCGUGGGAUAAAGGUGGAGAUUGUGUGAGGACUAAGCCGUUUAAGAGAGGGGAGAAAGUUUUGGAUGAUUAUAACUUAGAAAUGUAUACUAUUCAAUUACAAGAACUUCGGAUUGCUCAAAAGGAAGGAAGAAGAAAAGGGUAUAGGUUUAAAUUGUUUGAUGCCACGCAGUCUAUGUUACUAAGACCAGACGGUCAUCCUAGUAAAUAUGGACAUUGGCAAAAUCAGACUGUUUCCAUGGCUAAUGACUGCGUGCAUUGGUGUUUGCCUGGACCCAUUGAUUCUUGGAAUGAUUUCUUGUUAGAAUUGUUAAAAAGAGAGGAAGCAGAUAGAUCGUUUGCGUAAAACACGUGUAUAUAUCUAUAUAUAUUUUAAUCUUUUUGGGAAGAAAUUAUAAUUUUGUGUUUAAAUGGUUCGUAGUUGUAGAGAUUGGAGAAUCAAGAACCCAUUUUAGUAGAAUGGUUUGUAUUCAUGAGAAGUUAGAGUUUGAAGUAUAUAAUUAAUUACCGGGAAGAAAAAGUACUGUUUUGGUUAUGAAUGAAAUUGAUGAAUCUGUUUCCCCUCUCCAAC